GGGAUGCCCAGGUUGCUGUUGCUGACUCCCAGUCCAGCACCCUCUGCUACACCCCGCUCUGCAACACGUUCCCUGUGUGAGAGAAGCAGCCAAAGGGCCCCGCUCCUGCCCAGAGGACCACAAAUGUGGACAUCUAUGCAGAACCCCCCCUAAGUCAGGGUUUGGCUUUGGUCACGGAGUCCAGGUGUGUGGUUCUCCUUGCAGGAUCGGGACCAAAGAGAUUAGUUUGAGCCUAGAACUCCAUUUCUUAAGUACAGUGCAACAAACUGUUUCAUUUGCUUUGUUGUUGCAUCUCCAGUAACGUGAUGUACUACAGUGUUGCAACUCUUGUAUUUUUAAAAGCUGUAGAUAUCCAACCAGCCUGCCUUGGAUUGUAUUGUGGGAGAACGGUACAAUAUAUAAAUGCGUCAACGGAAAUCUAUGGCGACUGUGGGGUUUGUCCGAGAGGACAGCGAACAGAUGGGGAUAAAAUCUGUCGGGAGUGUACAGGAUCUCCAGGGCAUUAUGACUGGCUAUAUCUUGGCUUUAUGGCCAUGCUUCCUUUGAUUUUGCACUGGUUCUUCAUUGAAUGGUAUUCAGGGAAAAAGAGUUCCAGUGCAUUGUUUCAGCAUCUUACUGCCUUAUUCGAAUGCAGUGUUGCAGCAAUAGUUACACUGCUUGUGAGUGAUCCAGUAGGUUUUCUGUAUAUCCGUUCUUGCAAGGUAGUGAUGCUUUCUGACUGGUAUACAAUGCUUUACAACCCAAGUCCUGAUUAUAUUACAACUGUACACUGUACUCAUGAAGCUGUCUAUCCUCUAUACACCAUUGUAUUUAUAUACUAUGUCUUCUGUCUGGUGUUGAUGAUGCUGCUCCGACCUCUUCUGGUUAAGAAGAUUGCCUGUGGGUUAGGAAAGUCAGAUCGAUUUAAAAGUAUUUAUGCAGCACUUUACUUCUUCCCUAUUCUAACUGUACUUCAAGCAGUUGGAGGAGGCCUGCUCUAUUAUGCAUUCCCAUAUAUUAUAUUGGUGUUAUCUUUGGUUACCCUGGCUGUGUACAUGUCUGCUUCUGAAGUAGAGUCUUUCAAGGAUCUUCUUGUCAGGAAGAAAAGGCUUGUCGUUCUUUCUAGCCACUGGUUACUUCACGCCUAUGGAAUCAUCUCUAUUUCCAAACUGGAGACACUUGGCCAGGAUCUACCACUAUUAGCUUUGGUACCUGCACCUGCCCUCUUUUACUUACUUACUGCAAAGUACACUGAACCUUCACGCAUCCUUUCAGAAGGAGCAAAUGGACAUUAAAUGUAACUUGUGCCAACAGCCCAGUGAAAUUGUCCCAGUAAGAUGGAUUAAAGAAUUUCAGUGCUUGUUAUGUCCUUCAGCUCUUCUUAGACUAAAGUUGUCAUUUCUGUACAAGACAUUUUCUGGGUAAAACAUCGUAUAGAAUCUAAGAGUAAGACUAUGUAAACUUAGCUUCUCUAACUUCAGGAAGGGCUUGUAAAAAAUCGAAGUGGAUAAUGUCUUAAUCUAUAUACAUUUUUUUACUAUGUAUAAAUACUGGUGGCACAUACCUUGUAAUAUAAGUUUUGUUUGUACCUUUUUUAUUUAUUUCACAAUGCCGUAUAUUAGCAUCUGUUUGAAUAAAGUAGCAAAAUAGA